CAGGACCCGAAGGCGGCCGACUUCGGCACCUCCGAAAAAUGUCGUCUGACUUUGCAAACCCUGGCUCUAAGCCUGGACUCGAGAUCUGGCGUAUCGAGAGUCUGGCUGCCGUGCCGCUGCCCGCCAAGGAUUUCGGAACGUUCUAUGAUGGCGAUUCGUACCUUGUGCUCAAGACGACCGAGACCACGGGCGGCAAAUACGUGUACGACCUCUUCUUCUGGCUCGGCAGCGAGUCGAGCCAGGACGAGCAGGGCGCCGCCGCCUACAAGGCCGUCGAGCUCGAUGACCUUCUUGGCGGCGCGCCUGUGCAGCACCGAGAGGUGCAGGACUGCGAGUCGGACUCGUUCCUCGGAUGCUUCAAGAAGAUCUCGUACGAGAAGGGCGGAGUCAAGUCCGGCUUCCGAAAGGUGGAGCGGGACGUGUACGAGACGCGCUUGCUGCACGUCAAGGGCUCGCGUACCGUGCGCAUCAAGCCGGUCGCCAUCGACCACACGACCCUCAACGCAGGCGACGUCUUCGUCCUCGACGCCGGACUGUCCAUCUACCUGUGGAACGGCUCCGGAGCAUCGCACAAGGAGAAAGCCAAGGGUCUCGAGGUCGCCCUCGCCAUCAAGGACGACGAGCGCGGCGGCCGCGCCAAGCUGACGGCGUGCGACCAAGGCGCCGAGGAGGCCGCCUUUUGGGAGGCGCUCGGCGGGCAGGGGCCGGUGGCGGCGGCGACACCGGACGACUCGCCGACCGGAAGCUCCAAGGGAGCGCUCAAGCUGGUGCGGGUGUCGGACGCCUCCGGCUCGCUCAGCACGACCGAGGUUGCGUGCGGCGACACGCUCGAGCGGUCGAUGCUCGACUCGAAGGACGUCUUCAUCGUGGACAACGAGGCGGAGGUCUUUGUGUGGGUUGGCAAGGAGGCGACGGCGGACGAGAAGAAGGGCGGCAUGGAGACGGGAGUCAAGUACACCGCAGGCCGGCCCAAGGGCGUGCGCGUCACAAAGGUGAGCGAGGGGGCGGAGCCCGCGCUCUUCAAGUCGCUCUUCAAGUCGUGGAAGCCCCCCGCCACGCCGGCCGACUUCUCGAUGGUCGGCCGCAGCGGCAACGUCGCGCAGGCGACCGCGCAGGCCUCCGCCGCCGACCUCGCAAAGGGCAUGUCGGACUGCUCCUUCGGGGAGAGCGAGGACGUGGCCGACGACGGCUCCGGCAAGACGGAGAUGUUCCGCAUCGAGGACUUCGAGCCCGUACCAGUCGACCGGGCGACCUACGGGCAGUUCUUCGCCGGCGACUCGUACAUCGUCAAGUACACGUACCUCUCGAGCGGACGCGAGGCGACGCUCCUCUACUUUUGGCUCGGGAAGGACUCGACGACCGACGAGCAGGGCGCGGCCGCGCUGCACGCCAAGCAGAUGGACGACAACCUUGGCGGGCAGGCGACGCAGGUGCGCGUGACGAUGGGCAAGGAGCCGCCCCACUUGGUGCGGCUGUUUGGCGGCAAGCUGGUGGUGCACAGCGGCGGGCGCGCCUCGGGCUUCAAGAACAAGGGCGACGAGGACUCGUACGACGAGGAUGGCGUGGCGCUCUACCACGUCAAGGGCUUCGGCGGCGCGGACAGCACGAAGGCGGCGCAGGUUGCCGAGGUGGCCACCAGCCUCAACUCUGGCGACUGCUUCGUGCUGCUCACGCCGGCGGCGGCCUUCCUGUGGGCCGGCAACGGCGCCAACGAGACGGAGAAGGCGACGGCGCAGGCGGUCUGCGGCGUCCUCAAGCAGGGCCGCAAGCUACAGGAGGUUGCCGAGGGGGGGGAGCCGGACGCAUUCUGGGAGGCGCUCGGCGGGAAGGGCGAGUACCCUUCGAGCUCCGUCCUUCCCGAGCCGGACCGGCCCGCACGGCUCUUCCUCUGCUCGAACGCGACGGGCGCCUUCAAGGUGGAGCCGCUCGCGCAUUUCUCGCAGUCCGACCUCGAGGAGGGGGACGUGUACCUCCUCGACGUCGGCAACGCCGUCUUCGUGUGGGUCGGGUCCGAGGCGAACGAACUCGAGAAGGGCAUGGCGGCGGAGACGGCCGCGUCGUACGUGGCGUUGGAGGGGUACUCGGCCGACACGGCCGUGCUCACGGUCAAGUCGGGCUCCGAGCCGCCCAUCUUCACCUCGCACUUCCUCGGCUGGGACGCGUCCCGGGCGAAGGUCUUUCUCGACCCCUACGAGGCGAAGCUGGCCAAGGCGAUGGCGGAGCAGGAGGCGGCGCAGGCGGCGGAGGAGGAGGCGCGCGCAGCCUCCGCCGCCGCAAAGGCGGACGCCGUCGCGAAGGCCGAGGCCGAGCGCGCCUCCAAGGCCUCGUCGGGGGCGCCGGACGGCGACCCGUUUGAGGACGACGAGCCGGAGCCGCCGCCGCCGCCGCCGCCGCCGCCGCCGCCGGAGAAGCAGCCGACGCCAGCGGAUGGAGGGUACGUCGACCUCGAGACGCUCAAGAGCAGCCCGCCGGACUACGUCGACCCGUCGCGCAAGGAGGACUACCUCUCCGACGCCGACUUCGAGGCGGCCUUCAAGUGCUCGCGCGCCGACUUCAAGGUGCUCAAGGGCUGGAAGCAGCAGAACCUCAAGAAGGCGUGCGGCCUCUUCUGAGCCGGCAGCCGGCGCAGACACGCACCGCGCGAGGCUCGAUUUCGAGGGGGUGUUCCUAGCUACCAUCGUUCGCCCUCCUUCCAUGUCAUGCGCGCGCGAUUUGGUCCCGCCCCGUCGUCGCGGAUUGUGUAUAGCGGCCCAGGGCCGUCGAUGCGUCACAAACGCACGGUCUGCGGUCUAUCACGCUGCACGCCGAGGCCCAUUGACUGAGAGGUCUUUGGCGAGCUUUGAGCUUAAAUGAGCGUGUGACGCACGCGUACGGGGGGACUUAAAGCCGUACUCGUGUCUCUCCUUCGCCGUUUCUCGCAGCGCUUUCUCCACCGACGUGU